AUGUCAUUCAGGGAAGCAGAUAGCGCUCGGACCGAGAAUCUGAGUCUAUAUACAUCGCUAACAGCAAGCAGAGGCAAAGAUUUCGAACUUGGUGAAGAUGAUCUACCAGAAAGCAAUGCAAGCGAGACCGAUAUCCCUGCACUUUCGUCGAGUUUUGUCGCUUUCCAGUUGCCUCCGUUGCACGAAGCAGCUGAGCGUGGUGAUCCACAGGCCGUUGCAAGGCUUCUUUUAGACAACAGCGUUGAUGUAAACAAGAAAGCUGGCGGUCAUCGAGCCAUGAGAACUGCGCUUCACAGAGCAGCCGGUUAUGGACACCUUGCUGUUGUGAAAUUACUUCUUAAGGUGAGCUUUAGCUUUGUGAACUAGCCCACCUUUUUUAUAGUCAAACUGAUAAAUGAUUUUAGGGGCUGUUUACAUGGAAGAAGGAAGAUCCUAGAAGGCGAGCGCCAUAUGUUUUCUGUUUUCAGUUUACAUGCAAAGGGUUGUACUUGUCCCUGGCACUAGGAUCCCUUCCUAGUACUAAGCCUGCGAGCAAGCCCUACAGAGCACUCCGGCGGCGGGGCAGGAAAAGGAAGGAGAGCUUGCAACUACAUCUCAGGAAUUUGAAUUCCAUCUCCAAUUCCCCUGUGGCUUCCCGUCGACUGAGAUAUCACAUUUCCACCAAUCAGCCUGAAGUGGAAACAAGCGUGAACAUAAACAAACAUUGAAAAAAAAAACAUGUGCCAAGGGUAAUGACAUCAUUACUAAUGUCAUCUUCACCAGUCAGCAUUUUGCACUGACUUCCAAUUCUUUGAUGCAGAUAAGGUAAUCAAAUUCUAGAGACGAAGUUGCAAGCUCUCCUUCCUUUUCCCACCCCGCCUCCAGAACGCCCCAAAUUGCUCGCAGGCUACCUAGUACCAGGAUCUUCCUAGAUGAGGGGUCAGGAUUAUGGAAAAAGACUUAUGCGAAGUUUCACUUCAGGCAGGUGCAGAUCCGAUGAAGUUCAGCAGUGUUCACAGGACACCACUACAUGAAGCAUGCACCGGGGGUCAUACUCAAGUAGUAGAAAAAUUACUGCAACAUAUGACAGAUAUAGAUAUUGCAGAUUCCAAUGGCCAAACAGCAGCUCAUCUGGCUGCCUAUCAUGGGGAAAGUCAAUGCUUGAAGGUUUUAAUAUCAAGUGGGAGUAAUGUUACACUUGAGGACAAAUUGGGACGAUCCCCAGCACACUUAGCAGCUAUGAAAAAUCAUCCUUCUGUGUUAAGGUGAGAAUGACAGUCCUAGACUGUUUUUUUUUUUUUUUUAAGGUGUGCCAGUGAUACAGCCUCAAAGUUGUUAUAAUGUUGGUGAUUAUUCCUAUAAAAAAAAGCCUUUCUAGGAAUUACAUGUAAGAAAGAGGGGUCUUGAAAGAAAAUCUCCCUUCAUAGACCUACAAAAAGGGUAGGUUGUAUAAAAAUGCUGAGGAAAAAAUAAUAAAAUUAUUGUUGUCCUAGGAAUCAAAUCCAUUUAUCUCCCCAAUAUUGGAUUCUUUGUUCAAACACCUAACCUAUCCCUUGAGAAAUUCCAUGUAAGCUUCAUCAUGAUACUUUACCUUAUGUAGUGUUUAAAUAGUUUGAAAUUUGAAGUCUUGGAAUUGGAUAUUUAUAUUCUUUCCAUUAAAGAUAAUUUUAUACAUGCUUAUCUCCGUCAGCUUAUGAAGCACGCAGGUUGGCUAGGAGUGUGUGCCUAUUUAGUAUUCAUGUUUAUAAAAGAAAAAAAUUUGAAACAAAGGCUGCUUUUCUACUAGAAUCAUCAAUGCCACUGCUGCAAAAAAGGCAUUGAAACUAGUAAAGCUGAAAAUUUUAAUAGUAAUUUGUUGAAAAAUAACAAAGAUAUAGCGAAGCAAAGCGGUAAAAUAUAAUAGACAUUAUGAUGGAGGGUAAAUUUUUGCCCCCCAAAUUUUGCCAUUUUUGCAAAAGCCUAUCUUCACUUGCUUCAAAUGUAUCAAGCUUGGCAAGUUUACUAAUUCUAAGGCACUCUUAAGACAUUUCCUGACUGGUCCAUAACAAAAUUUGAAGAAAAAAUGUUAAACGGUUUAUUCUGAGAAUGUCAGUGAGUUUGCCCCCUUGAGUGAAUUAGCUUUGACCCAACAAGUUUGCCCCCUACUUUCUAAGAUCAACACCCAGACUUGGUAUAACCCCAAAUUAUAGUCAAAUCACUCAUUAAGACAUUUAUUUAAAACAUACUGAUGAAUUGGCUUGGGUCAUGAGCUUAUCGUAGGAAAUGUUUUGUAAUCAAAGUUGGGAAAGUUUUUGGUAGGUUAAUUUGGCGGCAAAUGCAUGGUGUCUCGAAAUCUAAGACCUCAGACCUUCAGAAAACUGCUUGAAAACGGUACAUUUGAAUCUCCUUACAAGUUGCUUAAGUUGCUUUUGUAAUCAAAGAGUGAAUUAAAGUAAAGUCAAACUGGAUCAAUUUUAUCCAUUUGGAAAAGCUGAACUCUACCACACUGCACAUGCAAAAAGUUGGCAAAGUAUGUCAAGUACAGAACGCUUCAGCCAGAUCACGCUUUAUAUCAAAGCUUAGCAAGCUUUGGUACAAGGUGAGUACGGUAGUUAAAAUCGAAAUGUUUGAUGGAUCAUGGUGUUAAUAAUAUUAUUGUGAACAUUUUAUGGGGCUAACUCUUUACAAGGCUAAUUCACUAUGAGCUACUAUGAAUUGUACUCAAUUGAAUUCUUACGGCAGCUGGGGGUGAACUCAUUAUGGGGCAAAAUUCCUGACUUCCUUUUCUGAGGUCAUGAGCUCUUCUGUCAUUAGGUGUUUGAAUGAGAGUGAUGGGGAACUGAGUCACGUUGAUGACCAAGGACGGACACCUGCCCAUCAUGCAGCCACCGCAGGUGGAUUAGAAGCAAUAAAGGCACUCGCUCACAAUGAUAUUGAUGUAAACUCCAGAGAUACUGCUGGAUGUGUCCCAGCUCAUUAUGCCGCUGCAAAUAAUCACUGCUCUUGUUUAGGUUUUCUGCUGGGUUCUGGUCUGGCUAAACGGGAUGUGAGGGACAGAACUGGACAAUCCUUGCUGCACAUGGUAAGGUUGAUAGUGAACUGCCAAUUUAUUUAUUCAUUUUAUUUUUCACUGCUUUAAAAAAUAAUUAGGAUGCACUUCUAUGUGUAUUACUGUUGCCUUGUGCAUAACACCUUUCAUAAAAUUCCUCUUUAGACAAGAAAUGUUGGAAAAGGAAUAGCAGAAAUUGUGUCUUUGGAUUAAUAGAAAAAUGCCUUUCCGCGGAAGGAAAUGGAACAACUGUUUCCUUUUUCUGGAACAAGUAGAUAUUUUGAACAGAUAAAUGUUUUUUUCUUUUUUGUUUUGUUUUUGUUGUUUUUUUUAAAUGGCGUAAUGGAAUGAUUACAUUUUUGGAGCAGGAGUAAUGAAAUUAGGAUGGACAGUUGGACACCAUCAUUCCUCUUCACUCCCUAGGGCUGUCACUAAAAUGUCAAGUUGCUGCGUAAAUGAAAUUAGUUCACGGGGAAUUUUUAAAUGUUAAAACAUCUUGGAAGUUCAAUAAUUCCAAUGAAGGUAGCCAGAUUAGUCAUACUGGAUAACUGGGCCAAACCUCUGGCCGUUAGUAUUAAAAACAGCCCUGCACCCAUAGCACUACAAAAUACUCUGAUGUGUCAUUUUUUGACUGUACAUUCCUUGUACAAUUGAGGUUUCUUCAGUUGUAAUAACUUGUCAACUGAUAACUGUCAUUUUAGGCUGCACAACAUGGUGCCACAGAAUGUGUUCACUGGCUGCUUGAAUGUGGUGCUAGUCCCAACAUCAGAGAUGGUAAAGAUCUUUACUUACUAAACAGUAACUUCUCAGUUUUAUAUGUGGACUAAUAUCUUGCUAAUGUAAACAGCCAGAGAACUGAAUUGUUAAAAAAGUUUAUGCCCAUUUAGACUUACAGGUCGUUGCACAACUUGCUGCGUUGUUAGGAAUAUUGAUUAUUGACGAGUGAAAUACUGACAGUCAGAGCUUUCCAAAUGAACACUCCAAUCCAAGGCUCAAUAGACCUUGUCACGGUUUUCGUCGCCAUCUUGACGAGUAGGCAAACGCGUGAGAAAUUACAGUGUUUGUAUGAGAAUCUAAUGUCGAAUAACUUCCGUAGAACGGCUGUUCUGAAAAAAAUAUGCUUUGUAAUUUGUCUAUUACCAGCCACUCCAUGGGAAAUGAGCCCACGCUCAGACCGGACCCGAGAGAGUAGCGACCCAGCCUUCUGUCAAGCUGUAGACAGCUCUAUAAACUAGUUAAGACUGCCUUAGCCUACAUCGCAGACUUAAUUUAACCUCGGUUAGUAACAUCUGUGAGCCAGCGACGAGAAACUCGUUCUGAGCCCCCAACGGAUUCAACGAAUUACACCUGAAGAGCGUUUCGAAAUUCCUUUCAUCCUGAAUAGCAAGUCCAAAAUGGCAUUUUUAACAGGCUAAUCAUGACUCAUACUCAAAUCCUGGUACACAGGUGUGGGCCCACUACAAGGAUUUCGGUGCUGUUUCGCAGACAGACUUAUCCAGAUUUUGGUUUCGUCUGUGGCGCGACAAAACAUCGAUCCUUUGAAAUAUCUGCUUUUGAAAGCGAUUCCGAUAGGCGGUCAGCUUUAGUUGCAGACGUGUUUUAUGCUUCCCUAGGGUGCCUGCUUUGUUAGGGAGUUUUGACGGUUAUUGUAACUUGAUUGCACAGAAAUCACGUUAAUUUUGUACUGCCACUACAUCACAUUGUAUAAGUACAUGUAGUAUAAACUUCUUAGAGAAACUGCAUUAAAAGUGCAACAAAAAGUACAUCACAAAUAGUAUAACCAGCCAGAUUUUAGAAAAACUAUUAAAACUGUAAAGCAAGUACAUUGAUCUUGUACGCAUUUAAGAGCGAUAGUUGUUGUUUCUUUUCGUUACUAUUAGGCUCAGGAGCAACUCCUCUUCAUUCAGCUGCCUCAGGAGCUCACCUACAGAGUGUAAGCUGUCUUAUCAAAUAUGGCGCUGACACAGAUGCACAGACAGCCAGUGGCGAUUUACCACUAGACUUUGCCAAGCGUACUGGCAAUCCUAAUUCAUAUCUGAAAGCAGGUACAACUUACCCUGUAUUAACAAUUAAUGCAGGAGUGUUUUAUUAUAACUGAUUGCGCUUCAACAAAAGGUUCCAGUAUUAUUUCAGUAUGUCAGCUUACACUUGAAAAGGCUCCUGCUCGGUCAGGUUUUCGUCAAAGUCGGUUUUUCAAGGCGCGUUUUUCACUUUCACGCGCUAUUUUCACCCACGCUUGAGGACUUUCGCUUCUCCUCUGGCGCGUUCUUUUUUGCAGUUUAACCUAAUGCCACAAACUUGAAAAGUAGCUAAAUUAGUACAGAGGAACCCCGAUAUAGCGAUCCUCGAUACGUGUAUUACGAUGUUCCCGGUAUAAAGAUGAAUAAUUAUUCUUUGUUUGUCCCGGCAAAAGUUACAGUAGAAGGGGAAAGAACCCCGAUUUAACGAUCUUCGAAGUGACGAUAUUCCCCAUAUAACGAUGAGAAUUUAGCGGCCCGAACAUACAAUCUUUCCCGAUAUAACAAUAUUAUCAGCAAACACAGUCACAAUUUAAGCAAACCAAUACUUUUUAGGUAACAACAUUACCGUAAUCGAGUAAUUUCUAAUGUUUCUGUCAACUUACUUGGUGUACUUGGGCUGAACAUAACUCUGAUAACAGAAACAUUGAAACAAAAACAACUUGAAAAGGACUGUUGCAAGUGUGUCAAGUGUAAGAAUGCAUUACUUGCUGGCCAGUGACCUGGCCAGCAUAAUGUUGUCACUGCAAAAAGUAAUGUAAAAACAUGUCUAAAAUGAAUCAUUUUAUGGAAACAUUGUGAUGUUCUGGCUUUAGGGUAGCUUGGAGGAUUACCCUUUUGGGUAAACUGAAGGCAUUUCUGUGUCGUUUUUUUUUUCUUCUUGUUAGACCCGGUUCAGACCCCGAACUUUUCAUGAGCCGAACCUUGUAAUUCGAAUUAUUAAGGCCGACCCAAAUUAUUUUGACCGGCAGAAUUGAUUCAGACGCCGAUCUUAAUUCCAGCUGCACUAAAUUCAAGAGAUGAAAAAUGCUCAUUUCCGCCAAGCUGCUUUCAAAAUGCGUUAUGUGCACAUGAAAAAAACGGCGUCUAAAUCAAAGCCCUUCCAAAGUCGCUCCAAAGUCGAAAUUCCCGGCCGGGCUAGGCGGGAAAAACGGCUGAGCCGUUCCAAAUUGAAUGAGACGUUCCUAUAUUGAUUCAGACAUCGAACUUUUUAUGUACUUAGUUUGGCUCAUCAAAAGUUCGGUGUAUGAACCGGUCCUCAUCUCCCUUUUCAGUAAAUGGUGAGGUUCCCUGCAAAUUCUGCAUCUCCAAACAGCGGAAAAUUGAUUUUGACUUAGCACACCAACCGACGCCUGUGGAAAGAAAAAUUAUUCAACAGGAAUCUGAGAUAUUUGAAACAUCACACGGCUCUAACGUCAGGUACAGUAACUUAAUCUAGGCCCUCUGUCUUAUACUGCUUGCCAUAGUGGAAGACAUCUCUAGACUACUUGGGGUAUAAGAACUAGUGGAAUGCAUGAGUAAGCAUGAUGAUCGCCACGCACGAAGAGGAUAAGACAAGAGUUUCAUGAGCGCUCUUAUACCUCACUAGCUCUUCUAUCCCUGAGAAAAAUGAGGGACUACUCGUCACAUACUGAGGUAACCAGUCAAGUCGCCCGAAAGUCAUCUCGCCUGAAGUUAGUUCUCCCGAAAUUUUAUCAGGUGUUAUACAGAGAGAAAUAAAUUUGAAUGAAGCAUUGUGUGAAAUAUAUCUCUUUCUUUAUUCAAGCCACGUUGAGACGAACCAAGACUGUUGUGCAUGCGGGUAAAGUUUUGGGCGACAUAACUCGGGUUUUCGGGCGACUUGACCUUAAGCCUAGAAUGACAGUCUCCCCUCGUGUUUUAUUUUAUGUUGUCGUCAUUACAGCUGGGCCCUGUUGCUAUACGCCUAAUAUAAAUUACCGCCGCUCCAUUUAUGGUCACGGUUCUUAUUAUCUGGUCUGUGACUGAUCUUGUUGUAGGAUCUCCGAAGUGCAACAGGUUCGCCCGUCCCAUUCUUCGAAGAGGCGUGGGACCAAUUCUAGUAACAUCAACACAAAUUUACCUAAACGCGAUCUGGCGACCAAAUAUUUUGGAGACCAUCUGUUCUCACUUCCUGUCACCUUCACUGGUCCAGAGUCUGUUACGAGCACCAACAGGACUCGACGGAAAAGAUGACUUAUACUUUCGACACGCGGAUUGUGUAAUUAUAGGUGACUGUAUGGCAAACUUGUACGGCCGUCAUACAAUAUCUGGAAAACUCAGCUUUACAUUUGCGCUGUUGUAUCUUCACUUCUGCAAAUAUCAUGUUCCACAACAUUGUAAGCUUUGAGACCCUGUCUGAGACAUUCUUCAACUAAUGACACGAUCGAGUUGAUCACAUUCACCCCGGAACUUUGGCCAUUUCUCUGAGAAAUUUCUU